CUUUUUUUUUUUCUUUCCCACUUAGUUUUUCCAUGGUUUGGCUUGGAUAUUGGUGGAACCCUAGUCAAGCUGGUUUAUUUUGAACCCAAAGAUAUCACUGCUGAAGAAGAAGAGGAAGAAGUGGAAAGUCUUAAAAGCAUUCGGAAGUACCUGACCUCCAAUGUGGCUUAUGGGUCCACGGGUAUUCGGGAUGUGCACCUGGAGCUGAAGGACCUGACUCUGUGUGGACGCAAAGGCAAUCUGCACUUUAUACGCUUUCCCACUCAUGACAUGCCUGCUUUUAUUCAAAUGGGCAGAGAUAAAAACUUCUCAAGUCUCCACACUGUCUUUUGUGCCACUGGAGGUGGAGCGUACAAAUUUGAGCAAGAUUUUCUCACAAUAGGUGAGCUUCAGCUUUGCAAACUUGAUGAACUAGAUUGCUUAAUAAAAGGAAUUUUAUACAUUGAUUCAGUUGGAUUCAAUGGACGGUCACAGUGCUAUUACUUUGAAAACCCUGCUGAUUCUGAAAAAUGUCAGAAGUUACCGUUUGAUUUGAAAAAUCCAUACCCUCUGCUUCUGGUGAACAUUGGCUCUGGGGUUAGCAUCUUAGCAGUAUAUUCCAAAGAUAAUUACAAGCGCGUCACUGGUACCAGUCUUGGAGGAGGAACUUUUUUUGGUCUCUGCUGUCUGCUUACUGGCUGUACCACUUUUGAAGAAGCUCUUGAAAUGGCAUCUCGUGGAGAUAGCACCAAAGUGGAUAAACUAGUCCGGGACAUUUAUGGAGGGGACUAUGAGAGGUUUGGACUGCCAGGCUGGGCUGUGGCUUCAAGCUUUGGAAACAUGAUGAGCAAAGAGAAGCGAGAUGCUGUCAGUAAAGAGGACCUCGCCAGAGCAACUUUGAUCACCAUCACCAACAACAUUGGCUCGAUAGCAAGAAUGUGUGCCCUUAAUGAAAAUAUUAACCAGGUGGUAUUUGUUGGAAAUUUCUUGAGAAUUAAUACGAUCGCCAUGCGGCUUUUGGCAUAUGCUUUGGAUUACUGGUCCAAGGGACAGUUGAAAGCACUUUUUUCGGAACAUGAGGGUUAUUUUGGAGCCGUUGGAGCACUCCUUGAGCUGUUGAAGAUCCCCUGAUCAUUACCUGGGGUGGGGUUCCUGGAACCUUCCACAAUAGGAUCUGUGAACUUUUGUUUUUUUAAGAGACUGACUUAAUUUUAUGAUUGUUUUACCUGAAUCAAAGCAAGAAAGGACAAGUGGAUUUUUCUAAGUCAUCAAGACAAACCCUUAAAAAUUCAGCCUAAACUAGUAACCAGUAAGGAAUGACAUAUAUGUAUAUGUGUAUAUAUAUAUAAAGUGGACCAUGUCCAUGGCAGUGAGGAUUGGCUAUAAUACCUGCUAUAUAUUUUUGAAACUCAGUGUCACUCACUGGAGCCACUUCAGGGGAGAGCUAUUCUGUGUUCAGUAUACUGUGUUUUGGGAUCCUGUUGAACUUGCUAAAUGUAAGGAAAGCUAUACUAUGUGUUAUAUAAUCUAAUCACAGUUUUGACAGUAUGGCCUUGGAGAUCACCUCCUGUGCAUUAACUCCGGUGAGCACUUAGCCUUUGUGUGAACAUAUUGAAAAAUGUUUUAUUUCAAGGUUCUGCAAACUUAAUUGGGCAGGUUAGUUCAAUACCUGUAACUUGAACAAUUCAGCAACUUUUAGGACAAUUGCAGGUUACUUUAUACCAUAAAUCCUAGGGAGGUCUCUCUGGAAAGACAGGAUUUCCUCCGUGAACAGAAUUACCUUGAGUAUUGGGCUGAUGAAAGUAAGCUACUACAAAAGACAUAAUCUGGAAAACUAAAACCAGAUAAAAGGGGCUGCUUUUUUUUUUCUUCCCCAGGGAACUGGGGAGAGAAUCUGGUUACACUUUUAAGCAAGUAGAAAUCAAGGAAUUGAGGUGUCCAUUAAUUUAUGGGGAGCAGGGCGGGGUUCUUCCCACCUUUCUCACCCACUCCUGGUCUUGGCACUUGGCAGCCCCCAGGCGCAGCCCUGAUUUCUCUGGUAGGCUGGCUCAAAAGGCAGCUUGAGAGACAGGUUUUGAGCUGAGUAUUAAUAUAGAUUGACUUUGGACCUUUUCUUUCUGCUGUGCAGAAUAAUUUUUAAAAACCUUUCCCUUAGAGAUUGAGCUAUGUUUGUGUCUUAUUUUGUGUCUUACUUGGUGCCUGCAUCGCUGUUGAAGGCAAUGAAGGUUUGUAUAACGUGGUUUUUGAACUAGAAAGAAACUCCAAGGCUCUGAGGCCGCCUUGCGCUUUCGCCCCUGUGGUCUCAGGCCAGGAGGCCGGCCUGGGAGGGUUCUGGGAAAAAGGAGGGGUGCAGAGGGCGGGGCCGGGUCGUUCAGGUAGGAGGUGCUUGGGCUGGUGCUCCUCCCUGGUCGGCUGGGAUCCUUAGGCCGCCUGUGUUGGCCGCGUGGGGGCAGCAGAGGCCCGUGCCCAAGUUUGUGAGGGCAUGGUCAUUUCUCCGAAGGUGGCCACUUUUGCGCACGGUUCUGGUACCCGUGGGUUGAGGGUGCUGCUCCCUGAUGCAGACCGCUGCUCCCUGAUGCAGGCCGCAGAGCUGGAGGGACACUGCGGGAGAUGGAAAUUGUAGCCCUUGGGUAGCAUUAGGGUCUCCCUGCUGCUGCCCCUUCCUGGCCUCAGCCUGAGCCCUCACCCCUCACCCCCUAUCCUGUCCUUUGUUCUCUGUCUCUUGCAGAUACGCACUUGGUGGCUCCACCUUUCCCUCACAGCCACCACCGACAGAGCUAGUACUCUUCCGCUGGAACAUAGUCGUGUUUCUCGAGCCCCUCUUGUCCCAGUCCGGCUCUGCUUACUUGGGCGGAGAAGGUAGAGAAGGGGAGGGAGCCCGAGCCAUUUCUAGCGGAGACCCAGGCCCCACCUCCUGUGUUGUGGGUCCCGCCUGUGUUUUAGAGGCUGUGCCAGUGCUUUACAUGGGUUGUUUCAUGCAGCUGUUGUGAUCUCCACAACUCGGCAAACCCGCCUGAGCUCACACAGAGUCCCCUCUCCUUUCUGCAUUUGCCUUCUACCUCCGAGGGCCCAGUUGCCACUCACUUUGUGGGUGGUUCUUAGCUCACACUGUCACUCCAUGAGAGGGUCUUGAUAGGUCCACUGAGUCCCCUUACUAAAUCUAACAGACAUUUAUGUCCUCACUUUCCUCAGUUCUAACACAGUGGAUCUCUUGCUUUUCCUUCUGCCUUCCAGACCCCUUUCUCUCUGCCAGCUUGAGAGCAACAAUUUGACAUUGCCAGCUCCAGGCACAGUCCUGAUUCCCCUAAGCAGUCAUCAGCACUCACCUUGACUCUGACUUCCAAGGUACUAUGCCCAGCACCUCCUCUGAGCUCCAGUCCUAAGGCAGUGACUGCCUUCCCUUCUUUCUACUUGUCUAUCUCCAAGGCCAUCCCUACACAGAAGUAUCCACAUCCUUUCCCCUUCACCCCCCCCCCCAUCUUCUUCACUCCCUCCAGCUUGAGAUGCAUGUAAACUCAAUCUCCAUUCACCAUUGCCACCACCCUAGUUUAAACCACUGCCAUCUUAUCUCAGCAGUUGUCCUUUGCAAUCUGCCCUCCAGAUGGUAGCCUGAGGGCCCCACCCCACGCUCCCCACUAGAGGCCAACACGAAAAUGGGAGCAGAAGAUGGCCCAGUGGGGACAGGUGGAUGGUUAGAGGGUUGAGUAUUGGGAUGUGGUGAUAGGAUAUGGGGGAGGAAGUUUCUAUAAGGGCAUAAGCUUAUUGGGGAGGCUUGGUUUUGAGCUGUAAUUGA